AUGGUCGGGCGGCAGGCAAUUGCCCAGGGUAGUACUGUGGAAUUUGCUGAAGCUCUCUUUCGAUAUACUGCUCCAGAAGAGAUUAAAUUUGUUGUUGCAGCUAAGGAGCAUGUGGUUGGAAGGUACAACACUGGCCCAAAGCUAGGGGAAAUGAUCUUGAUGUUCAUGAUAUGUUGGGCAUUUUCUAUCUAUUUGGAAGCUGUUGCUAUUCUCCCACAGUUGGUUCUGCUGCAGCGAAGGGGAAAUAUUGACAAUUUGACCGGUCAAUAUGUUUUCUUUCGUGGGGCAUACCGUGCAUUGUAUAUUCUCAACUGGAUUUGUCGGUAUCUCACACAGCCCCAUUUCAAUGAAUGGAUAUCCUGUUUCUCUGGCUUAAUACAAACAACUCUUUAUGCUGAUUUCUUCUACUAUUACUUCAUAAGGUACACAACCUCCAUUACCAUUCUUUCUGUUCUGUCUUUUACUUUAAGCAUAAUCAUAAUAACACAUGCUUCAUGAGGAAGGGCAUUUACGUGUUUACUCUUCGCCUGGGUGGCAGUGGGAAAAAAUUUGCAAUU